GGGGUGGGGGUGGUCGAAAACUGGAAAAGAGAGUAGGAGGGGCCGCAGAAGGGUGGGGGUGGUCGGGGAAGGUGGGUGGCUGGGUUCGAGAUUGGGAGAAAGAGAGGAGAUGGAGGUAGGGGAUCGAAGGCCGGCGCACCGACGAAGGUGGAGCUGGGCGCUGACGUUGGUAGGGGUGGGGGAGAGGUGGCUGGUGGACGUCGGGGGGAGGGGUUGCUGGGGCUGGGAAUUUUUGGGAAUUUUUUUGUUUUUUUGUUUUACUUUUUUUAAAUUUUAUUAUUUUAAAAUAUAAUUUAAAUAAUUUUUUAAUAAAAAAAUCAAAGAUUAACCAUUUUAACUAAAAAGGUUAGUCAUAAAUCUAAAAAAGGCCACUAUGGUCAAUUUUUUUAAACCUUAGUGUCACUGAAGAGAGUUGGAAAAAGUUCGUCUUCUACAUAAGAAAAGUUAAAUUCAUAGGGCCAGAAUUUCCCAAAAAAAAUUCCUGAAAAGAAAAAAAAGAAAAAAAAACCCCAAAAGAAUUUACUGUUAUUAAUAUCGAUCACAUGCGUAAAUGUAAAAAAACCAAAAAGUUUGCUCCUAAUUUUAUGGGAAACAAGUAGACUUUUCUCACCUGCAUCUUUUUUAUUCCAAUUUUUAUUUAUUUUUAAUUCAGUUGCACAGUUGUAGUGACUCCAUCGUCCCAAUUGUAAAAGAUAAAUUUCAGAGCCAAAAAAACUAAAAAUAAAAACCUUCUUCGGUUUUAUCGAACUUAGUCUAAAACCCACGAAAAAUAUAGGCUCAAAUUCAAUUUGUUCACAAAUAGAAACAGAGAAAAAAUCACUGAAAAUUUAAAUCAGAGAUCAUAAAUCACGAUGUUGAAUCCAUCAUGCAAUGUAGUAAGUGAUAAAAUUCAAUCUUUUACUCAAUGCAGUUUCUGGGGUUCUCCCAAAAUCCUCCCUAACUUGAAUCGUCGCCGAAACGUUUCUUUUCCGUGCUCGAAACGCCCUGAUCCGUCUGUUUCUGUUUCAACGACGACUAACAAUGGGCUCACCCAAACUGAAAACGGGUCGGGUUCGAUCGGGUUGGCGGACCGGCUCCGGUUGGGAAGUUUGACUGAAGAUGGGUUGUCUUAUAAGGAGAAUUUUAUUGUGAGGAGUUAUGAAGUUGGGAUUAAUAAGACUGCUACUGUUGAAACCAUUGCUAAUCUUUUACAGGAAGUGGGGUGCAACCAUGCACAAAGUGUUGGAUUCUCAACUGAUGGAUUUGCAACAACCCCUACCAUGAGAAAGCUUCAUCUCAUAUGGGUGACUGCACGCAUGCACAUUGAGAUAUACCGAUAUCCAGCUUGGAGUGAUGUAGUUGAGAUAGAGACGUGGUGCCAAGCUGAAGGAAAAAUUGGGACGAGGCGUGAUUUCAUUCUGAAGGACUAUGCAAAUGGUGAAGUUAUUGGAAGAGCUACUAGUAAGUGGGUGAUGAUGAACAUGGAUACAAGAAGGUUGGAGAGAGUUACUCCUCAAAUUGGCAAGGAAUAUUUAAUAUAUUGCCCAAAAGAGCUUCGAUUAGCAUUUCCUGAGCCAAACAACAAUAGCUUGAAGAAAAUAUCAAAGCUGGAAGAUCCUGCUCAAUAUUCAAAACAAGGGCUGGUGCCCAGAAGAGGUGAUCUGGACAUGAACCACCAUGUAAAUAAUGUCACCUACAUUGGAUGGACUCUGGAGAGUACUCCUGAAGAACUCGUGGACACUCAUGAGUUGCGAAGCAUCACCUUGGACUAUAGGCGAGAGUGUCAGCGUAAUGAUGUUGUAGAUUCUCUCACAAGUGUCGAACCAAUAAAAUUAAAUGAAUCCAUCUUACAGAAUGGAGCAAAUGGAUCUCCCACAUCAACUAGAGACGAAAAUGAUAGUGUUCAGUUCUUGCAUCUGUUGAGAUUAUCUGCUGAUGGGUCCGAAAUCAACCGAGGGCGCACUGAAUGGAGAAGGAAGCCUGAGAGACAAUGAUCAUUCUUUUUUUGUUUCUUUUCAUGUUUAUUUUCAGUAUACCCUAGUUAUUGAGGUUGAUUUUGCAUUUAUAUUAUUUUGCGUUCUUUUUGCGCUUGAUAAAAUAAUAUUUUGAUUUCAUCGUAGAAUCAGGAAGAACACUAGCCCUAUGCCGGCCCAAUUAAAUUUGUAUGUAGUAUUUGGUGCAAUUUAUAUUACUGCUUUCUUUAUCAUUUGGGAAUUUGAUUGUAAA